AUUUCACAGUACCGCCUUAUUGAAACUUUGUUUACUAGAAGUUGUCGUUGUUCACAAACGGAACAGGUUUGCUGAAGACCAGUGAACUCAGUGUCAACAAACUUUAGAUGUAGAGAGUGUCGGCAGUAGAUGUGAUUAUAUUUAGUCACCACAAUGGACAGAGUUAUUGCAUUGGUCGACAUGGAUUGUUUUUACGUGCAGGUGGAACAGCGUCUUCUUCCUGAGACGAGGGGGAAACCUUGCAUUGUUGUGCAAUAUAACCACUGGAAAGGAGGAGGGAUAAUAGCUGUUGGAUAUGAAGCUCGGGCUAAAGGAGUACGUCGUGGAGGUAUGAGAGCAGAUGAAGCAAAGGAACUCUGUCCUGAUAUUCAUGUGUUUAGGGUUCCAGAAAAAAGAGGAAAAGCUAAUUUAUCAAGGUACCGGGAUGCUUGCGUUGAGGUGAUGGAGGUUCUAUGCACGUUCAGUAAAUGUGUUGAAAGAGCCAGUGUUGAUGAAGCAUAUAUCGAUCUCACUGAUGAAAUCGAUAAAAAAAUGGAAGAGAUAGGCGAUGUGGAUGUAUCUAUUGAUAUGUUACCAAACACAUUUGUUGUUGGCUGGGAUGGCAAGGAAAAUAAUGACCCUAAUGAAGAGCCUCCUUUAGAAAGUCAAACCAGUGGAGUUUUUCAAUGGUUAAAUAACUGUCACAGUAUAGAACAUAAACGACUUGCAAUUGGUGCUGUCAUAGUGGAAGAAAUGAGAAAAGCAGUUUAUCAAAAGACUGAAUUCCGUUGCUCUGCUGGUGUCUCACAUAAUAAAAUACUUGCCAAGCUAGCAUGUGGAAUUAAUAAACCUAACAAGCAAACUGUACUGCCUUUUGAAUCAGUUGAAAAACUUUUUAAAUUGAUACCUGUUAAUAAAGUGCGGCAUCUUGGAGGGAAACUGGGACAGCAGUUGCAGGAUGAACUUGGUAUGCAGUAUAUGGGUGAUAUUUGUAAGUUUACUGAGAAGGAAUUACAAAUCAAACUUGGAGAUAAAACUGG